AUGAGCAAAUCUGUCAGAAGGGGAGAAAUAUACUUUAGCGGCGUUUUUAAAUAUUAUAAAAAGAAAAGCUCGCCAGUGCGUGACGAUGCUGGUUAUGAGGACUUUUCAAUAGAGAGGGGAUACUUGCGCCCAAUAAGGGUGAAAAAUACUACGCAUAGAAUAGGAAGGAAGCGGGAAAAGGUUAAUCACGCGGAGGGGGACUUCGACUGGGAAGAGGAUGUUGGCCCGGAGAUAGACAAGAUGGGCGAAGCGGGCGAAACUGAGGAAGAGCGAGAAGACGAACAGGAAGAACAGAGGGCGCACAAACCAGAACGAAUGCAACAAAGAGACGAAAAAUCGAGAGAGAAGCCUCGAGAACGAUCAAAGGAGCAGAGUAGAGGCCCCCCCAAAAUCACCGUUAUAACAAGCGACGCAGUGGAGGCACCCGCGAGGAUUUUCCCCGAUGGAAUAUUAAAAAAACGGUACCUCCCAAAACCUAGAAAUGUGUAUAAUUCCCAUGUGGAAGGUGUAGGUCUGUAUGUCACUCCCGAAUUCAACAAGGCGGCUGCUUCACUAAAUUACAAAACUGGUGGCAGUGGACGUGAGCAUUCUAACACGUUGAAUAAAAAAGGAAAAGGAAAAAAGCCAGCAAAAUUGAAAAAUUCUUCUCCAAAAAAGAAGUGCACUUUUAAAAAAAGUAUUCUACUUAGGAAAAAAAAAACAAUGUUAAAUGGGGCUUAUAACAAUCCGAUAUAUUUCGACAUGUGCCACAGCUGCGAUGCUGCACAACCACGCGGCAAUCGGUCUUACAUAAAAAAAAGUAAAAAGAAAAUAAACGGAGAGAAUUGUAAAUACAAGUACGAGCUUCCCACUAUCGCUUCCUUGGGAAAGGCCAAAAAAUUAAAUUAUUUAAACUUUACAAUUAACGAAGAUGAAAUGACCAAGCAGGAAAGGAUGUUUCUCGAUAAUUUAUCAAACGUGUGUUUUGGCGGUAACCCUCUGCACACCGCUGCCCAGCCACGCAAAAAGUUGAGGCGUAAAAAGGGAAAACCUUACCUAUAA